AUGGAUCGAGGGGAUGAAGGUCCCUACGACAGGGUAAAGCUCGAAGCAUCGACGGGAGACAUCACAGCGCAAGAUGGACAUGCGUCUUCUCCAGGAAACUCCAGCGUCAGUCCAUCACAGCCGGGACAGCACCGCUCCCGAGCGGACGCCACAUCUUCAGAUUCAGAUGGCCAUGACCUCCGCGGCUACUUUGAGACCGCGCAAUGGACCGCAGACGGGACAACCCUCCUAACAUACUCAUCCACCAACCUAAUAAGCGGCUACAUUGUGCCGUCGGACCUCCUAUCCCCCAAACCCACAACGCUCCCCCUGCGCCCCCAAUCCCUUAUCCAGCUGUCCGAGCCGAGCAACGUGCUCGCCGGCGCGCCAUACUUCGACCUCGCGACCCCAUGGACGAACCAGCUCCUCUUAUCUUCCAAAGACCACCCGAUCCAGCUCUUCUACCUGACUCCAACUUCAACAUCAACAUCACCCUCUCCCCCCCCAGCAUCCUCCUACCCCCUAACUAAAGCGCGCGCCGAGACCUUCCUCUCCGCCACGUCCCUCAUCUGGCCGUCGCCCGGCACGCACUUCAUAGCCGGCACCUCCAACCUGCUAGCCAAGUUCGACGUGUCGCGCCAGGGCGCCGAGCCCGUCCUGCGCAUCAAGACCAUCCCGUCCGAGCGGCACCUGUCCAAGGGCUCGGGCGUCGGCAUGCGCGGGACCGUGUCGGCGCUGGGCGCGCAGCCCGCCGACGCCACCACCGGCGCCAGCCUGGUCGCCGCCGGCACGUGGACGCGCUGGGUCGGGCUUUACGACUUUGCGCAGGCCGGCGUGUGCGUCGCUACGUGGAGUAUCGCGGCUGCGGCGCGGGAGAUGGCGGCCAGCAGCACCACCACAUCAGACCCAAACCCAAACCCAGCCUCCAUCUCAAAUUCAAACUCAAGCUUGAACAUGGAUCCAGGCGCUGGCGGCGACGGCAUAACCCAGACCAUCUGGAGCCCCUGCGGCCGCUACCUCCUCAUCAACGAGCGCAAGUCCCGCGGCAUCCUCGUGUACGACGUGCGCGUGACCGGCAAGCUGCUCGGCUACCUAUCCCAACGCGACACCCUCACCAACAACAACAACCAGCGGAUCAACUGCGACGUCUUCCCUGCCCAAAACGGGUUCGAGGUGUGGUCCGGCACGACGGAUGGGACCGUCAAGGUCUGGGAGGGCGUCGGCGGCCGCGAGGGCCCGCACGAGCCGGCUUGGGCUUGGGAUGCGCAUGCUUCGACCGUGGGGAGCACGUGUGUGCAUUCGAGCGGGACGGUGGUGGCGACGUGCUCUGGGGCCUGGGAGUUUCCUGAUGAAGAGGAGGAUGGUCGGGCUGGGAGCGAGAGUAGCUCUGAUCCGGGCAGUGAGGAUAGCGAGUAUAGUGACGAUAGUGAGAGCUCCAUAGAAGAGAUUCCCUGGAUGCGAAGGCGGAACAAGGAAAGCAGUCUAAAGAUAUGGAGUAUCGCGGAUGGUCAAAACGGCGACAGGGCAGGAGAGCGGGAAGGGGAUAGGGUCCCUUUGGAGUAG